AUGGAGCAAUCAAAAUGCAGUGAAACCACCACUCCGGGUUUUCCUCCUCAAGAAAAGAAGCCCCAUUUGGAGGAACUAGUGACGAAGUUCGUAAACUCCACUGAAACAAGAUUUCAUAAUCAAGAAGCUUCGAUCAGAAAUUUGGAGACUCAGAUGAGGCAGUUGGCGAAUUCGAUAUCAGGGAGAGCUCAAAGAACGUUGCCAAGUGACACAAAGAAUAAUCCCAAUGAGCAUGUGAAGGCAAUUACAGUAAAAAGUGACAAGGAAAUUGGGCAUAAAGAGCAAGAGAAAGAGGAGGCACCUAAAAUGCAACCAGACAACAUUGCUAAAAACUUGCUUGAACCUAAGAAGAUAGAGAUUCAGCCUCAUUUCCCUCUUGCAUUGAAGAAGCAGAAAGUUUAUCAGCAACUUGCAAAAUUUUUAGAUAUUUUUAAGAAAUUGCAUAUUAAUAUUCCAUUUGCAGAUGCUCUUCUUCAUAUGCCUAGCUAUGCAAAGUUCUUGAAGGAGAUCCUUUCCAACAAGAGAAAGCUAGAAGAGCAAGAAAUAGUAAAACUAUUGAAGAAUGUUCAGAAAUUGGGACUUGGAAAACCAAGGGCCACUACAGUAUCUCUACAGUUGGCUGACAGAUCAAUUAAAUAUCCAAGAGUUAUUGUGGAGGACGUGCUUGUUAAGGUAGAUAAGUUUAUUUUUCUUGUGUUGGACAUGGAAGAAGAUGUUGAGAUACCUCUCAUUCUAGGACGACCAUUUUUAGCCAUAGGUAAGGCAUUGAUUCAUGUGCAAAGAGGUGAGUUAAUUCUUAGGGUAGGAGAUGAAAAAGUAGCAUUUGAUGUUUUUAAAACUAUGAAACACCCUUUAGAAGAUAACACAUGUUUUAGAAUUGAUGCUUUUGAUCCUUUGGUUCGUGAGUAUUUUCAAGAUAACAGGUUUGAUGGAAGAGAAAUUAUGAAGGGUGUUGAAGGAGCAUUUGGCUAG